AUUGUUUUAAGAGAUCAAUGGAAUCCUUGCCGCCGGAUUCAAUCCCAAUCCGAGCUUUUCUGCAUUGCCUCCUUUCUCAUAGUUAAUUCUAUUGAAUACCUCUAGAUUUAGCUGCAAUUGCCCCUAAUUAUUGUUUGAAUUCCUCAGCAUAUACAUCUCCAUCUCCGAUCAUAACAUAGUUGGGGCAAAUUGAUGGCCCCUCAAAGCAGGAGACGCCUCUCGCUGCUAAUCCUCCUGCUCUUCCUCCUCCUCUCCCUCUCCUCCCUCUUCCUCUCCCCCUCCGCUCCCAUCCCCCAAAUCCAGCAUCUGCGCUCACUCCCAACCCCAUCCCCUCAAUCCAACUUCACAUUCCUCAUCAAAGUCCUCACCUUCGACCGCCCCGCCUCUGUCUCCCGCUGCCUCAACUCUCUCGCCAGAGCCCACUACGACGCCGCCGACAAAGUUCAUCUCCACAUCUACGUCGACCAUUUCCCUCAGAAUUCUGCAACUGGGACUGACGAAAACUUGAAUCUUUCCACCCAGAUUCUUGAUUUCGUUGAUGGGUUCGAGUGGAGAUUCGGGGAGAAGGUGGUGCAUUACCGGACUUCCAAUGCAGGGCUGCAGGCGCAGUGGCUUGAAGCAUGGUGGCCUGCUUCGGAUCAUGAGUUUGCAUUUGUUGUUGAGGAUGAUCUCGAACUUGCGCCUCUUUAUUACAGGUUUCUGAAGGCGUUGAUCUUGAAUUAUUACUAUAAUGCCACGAAUUUCAGUCCUUCCAUUUACGGGGCGUCGCUGCAAAGGCCGAGGUUUGUGCCAGGUACACAUGGAAACAAAAUGCAUUUAGAUGAUGAAUCUCGGAUUUUCUUGUAUCAGCUAGUUGGAACUUGGGGCCAGCUUCUGUUCCCAAGACCUUGGAAAGAGUUCCGGCUGUGGUACGACAUGCAUAAGUCCAAAGGCGUAAAGCCUUUCCUAAACGGAAUGGUAUCAAAUGGGUGGUACAAGAAGCUGGGAGAGAAAAUCUGGACACCGUGGUUUAUAAAAUUUAUCCACUCUCGUGGAUACUUUAAUAUCUAUACCAAUUUUCAUAAUGAGAGAGCAUUGAGCAUCAGUCAUAGGGAUGGAGGUGUCAAUUAUGGCAAAACAGCAGGACCUGAUUCUCAGUUACUGGAUGAAAAUUUGGUCGAUUUCAACGUACUAGAACUAUAUCCUUUAAAGGAUCUCAAUUGGUAUGAUUUCUGCUUCAGAAAAGUAUUAACCAACAGAAUCGUGACGACUUCACAUGAACUUGCAAGUGUUCUUCAAUCUGUGCAACACAAAAAAACUGUUUUGCUUGUGAGUCUGUUUAAAGUGCCAGAUACGGUUGUCAGGAAUAUGCUCUGCCACUUUGAGGGGUUGAAUACACGAAAUUACAUCUUGGUUGGACCAGCGUCUGAUUUUUUGAUUGAUCUUGCUAGAAGAGGGCACCCAGUCAUUGAUGCCAGCAACUAUUCUGACUUCAGCAAACUU